GGAUUAUGAAAUUAUGAAAUUAUAUUCUUCAGAAGAAAAAUGGUGAAUAUUCCUAAAGCAAGGAACACCUACUGUGCUAAGUGCAACAAGCACCAGAAGAUGAAGGUGACACAGUACAAGAAGUCUGCUGAGAGUAAGCAGGCUCAGGGUAGGAGAAGGUACGACAGGAAGCAGCAAGGGUUCGGAGGACAGUCCAAACCUAUCCUCAGGAGGAAGGCCAAGACCACCAAGAAGUUGGUUCUCAGGAUUGAGUGCUCCCAGUGCAAGUGGAAGCACCAGAUCCCUAUCAAGAGAACCAAGCACUUCGAGUUGGGAGGAGAGAAGAAGAGGAAGGGUCAGAUGAUCCAGUUCUAAAUACAACUUGAUAAUUACAAAAUCUGGAACCUUCUCCUAUUUUGCAGAAA